AUGUCCCGUCUGGUGGUGCUCAUGGGUGCCCGCACGGGCACGCUAGACCAAAUAGGGGGCGCCAAGAAGCUGUGCAAUCGUAGAGAACAGAACGUCAUGGGUUGGAGAGCUAUGUACAUACGGAAAUUAGUUCAGAGUGGCAUGAUAAUUUUGACGUCGGACUCGAUACGGCGAUACGCCUACGCGGUGCUAAUAGGACAAAUACGGUGGGGGUGGUGGUGGUGGUGGGGCGCUAAUCAUCGGGCGCUAAAUCACAUCAUCGGGAUCAUGGUGACUGGACAACCCGCGAUGCUCUGGAGCCUGGUGAUGACGUGGCAACCGGCCAGCAGAAGUCGGGUUCAGAUCGUCGAUAGCAACAUUCCGGAUUAUCGUGGGGUAUGUUGGCCUCGCCGUGUCGCCUGCAUCAUGGUGCUACCGAUCACUUGCCUGGUCACGUUCAUUGUCGCUCCACAAAUACACUCCAUAUUGGAGUCAGACGCCAUGGCAUCGAUUGUUCACGUUCUACCCGCCCCUGUGUCGUUCGUGUCACACACAGUGGCGUCCGGAUUCCGGUUGUACCUGCCGUACAGGCUUCUCAAUACAUUUUCGUCUUUCAAGGAAGUUCGCGCCGAACCCCGGAUUUGCUGUUCCCCCAGUUUCGCUAUGGCUAUCCUCGACCCGAUCGUUGCAGUCGCACUUUCCCCGCAACACGCGUUUAGAUCUUCGAUGUAUUCGAGACACGUCGUCAAGGCUCCAUGGAACCGAUUUACAAGUAUAGCACCGAGGUCACCGGGGUCACAGAAGGUUAACACGCCACAGCAGUAUUGCGUCCAUUGGUUUUUCCUCCAUCACGGCCCCAUGCAAGGCACAUCUAACGGACCGAUUCUUACCGGAGAAGCGCCCGGUUCGAUGGUUAACAAUUAUAAGAAUCGGUUUUUCCUGCCGCCCGACGGAAGUGGUUCUUGUAGACACAUGCCGGAGUUGAAUAAGCCUCGGAAGGAAUUCUAUGACAAAAUGAAAGACCUUUCGCUUUUGAUGGGUUUUCUCUUUUCCUCUCGGGAGACUGAUCCGAGAAGUCGCGCGUUUAGGGGUCCCGUUCCGGCGAAUUGUCGGCUCGAUAUGACACCGGCAAGGCCCCCGAAUCGAGUCUCGAUCGGAGACCAUCAUCAUCGCCGUACUACGACGGAUAUGUAUCGCACCCGACGGCAUCCUAAAAGCGGUUUGGUUACCGGUGGGACAGCUAACAGCAAUAUGAUGUAUAUCAUAGCGCCUCAUAGCCCUGGCUCAUGUAUCAACUGUACUGAUCGCCUGUCACUCCGGUACCUCUCCGCAUGGGAUCCAACUGCGGAGGGCUAUAUAUUGGAAUGGAAGAACCUUACCGGUGUACGUGAGGAGUUGGCAACAGUUGCCCUCCUGCCUCUUCCUGCCUUCAUAGUACCAUUAAUUCACGUCCGAACCUACCUACGGUUUCCAAAAGCACGCGCGCACGAAUCGCUAUAUGCCCAGUGAUCGAAUCGGGUGGCCCCAGGAAGAUAGAAGUUGAUGAGCGAGGCACCUAGUACGGUUCGGUCAUACCCGGAAUGUCCCGGAUACAGUAGGAGCCUUGCCGGUAUAUGUCGCUAUAUGAUAUCACCACUCGAGACCACCCGGUUUGAUUAAAUAUUUUGGUGCAGUUUAAGGAUGUCGAAUUCCGCCGGGCGGUUGAUAGGAAUCGCCAGGGACCUAGUAGAGGCUUAGUCAAAUUGUAUGCCAAAUUGAGGCUUCGAUUCCUUAUCGCAUAAUACUAUUUUGACCUUUCCCUUCCUACUGCGGAGAUCGAUCUCAUAUGCAGUAUCAUAGGGACUGUUUUU